CUAAAAUUUGAAUUUGUUAUCAUUCUAUACUGUAUAAUUUUUUACAUACUAUUCAAUGACUUUAUUCCAAACACACAUUUUUCACACAUUUUUUUUAUCAUACUAUACUCAUGUCUGGAGGAGCUGUCUAACUCGGCGUUAAGGUUUGUUAGAACCAUCCCCGGUCUCCCCUAGGUAAGCCACCCAUUUUGUUGCCUGUAGUUAUUAAGGCUUACCCUUACCAGAGUAAUUCUACAUCUUUGACUUCCGUGUAGACUGUGUCAAUACUUACACCACAGCCAGCGUGACUUCUUAAGCGUGCCCUGGGGCGACCAAUUUUUUCGCGUGCCAAGGUAUUUCGCUCUUCAGAGUGAUAAAUGCAACAGUCAGCCAGACUCCUCCGCUCGACCAGGGAUCAUCAUUGGGUGAAUGGGCGGUGGCAUCAUCAUCAGAGACCGUACAUAACAGCCACUCCUCGCGAAUUCACUCUCACUUUUAAACAGCCUUAAGCACGCGUCGAUCACGAAGCUCCUCGCGCAUUUAACACACCUCUGUUUGGAUCAUUUUUGAAAACAUGGCGGCUCUAAUGAAAAAUGAAGUUUUCUCUUGUUUUGCUUUCUACGCUGUGCUUCUGGUGAUAAAAAUGUAUAUAAUCGCGAUUAUAACUGGACAAGUGAGGCUACGGAAAAAGGUGAGUAUUAUAAAGAGAGGAUUUAAGCCGAGAUUUUAAAAUAAAAACUGGGACUUUGACUGAUGGAAAGUUUUGUUUUUUUGUCCUGAAGGCUUUUGCCAACCCUGAGGACGCGCUGAGACACGGAGGUUUACAGUUUCACAGAGAGGAUCCCUACGUGGAAAGAUGCCGGAGGUAAGAAAGCAGAAAGUUUGACACUGUCACGAAAUGUUUUCACAUCUUGUUUAAAUUUAUGACUUGGUAUUAUAGUGACUGUUACCGUGGGGAAAAUAACACAAACUGUCAUGUUGACUGCUUUUUCAUCUACUGAGGCAUCCUGUAGUGAAAUAAACCUUCUUUCUAGAGAUUUAUGACUGUGAAAAAACCUUUAUUGACUUGAAGUGAAGUACAAUUAGACUGUAAAAUACUGCAGCUCAGAUCAAAGUUUUACCUCAGAAGUGUAACUAAUAGCAGGGCUGUCCAUAAAGAGAAAGGAGAAAAGCUAUUGGGGCCCUGUCCCUGAGGGGCCCCUGAGGGCCAAAAAACCCCAACAACUUUAUUUUGGUGACUGUAGUCUUUGUUAAGAUAACUACAGCCAAAGUACACAUUUUGACUGUAUCAUAAAGGCUUUAAAACAUCCCUCCUUUCAGGGACUUAUUUGUUGAAAUAGACUCAUCGAAAACAGGGUGGGUUGUUGUUCUUAAAUAGCCUUUUAUAUAAACAAAUAAAAAUGUUUUCAGGGUCUUUUGAGAUUAAAUCAAAAUUAAGUUUGGUUGCUUGUCUAAAUUGAGCCUUUACAGUACUGUAUUUAAAGACCUACCAUGUGCUUUAUACGAUGGUCUGUGUGUGCUAGCCACUUUUACAUAUGACCCUUAGGGAGUCACAUUUUAUUGUUGUUUAACUUUUGUGAAAAGUCUCAGCUGCAUUCAGAACUUAUACUCAAACUUAAAAAAGGUAUCAUAACUCUUACUUGUUGAGUAACUCGUCCUUCUUUUGUCCCACCUUGCUCUUGUCACCAUGUCUUCUUCUUUCAUCCCUCUGGUGCUGUGGCAAUGACCCUUUGCAGAUAUUGGCAUUUAAUUGCUAACUCCUGUAUGACACAGUCCCACUUUUUCAGGUGUGAAAUAAACAUAUAUCCCAUAUUAGGAUCAAUACAGUAAUACUCCAUACAUUUCUGUGGGUGGGCCUGCAUCUGCAGAAUGUGUGGUAGUAAACACAGAUGCAUGUGCAGUCAGUCUUUAUUAUAUUUCUCAUUUCUGCUGUGUGGGUUAUCUAUAACCAUGCAUAUCCAUAAGCUUAAUCUUAACCUGAUUAAUUUUGUGAGUGUAAUCAUCAAGAAUAAGCUCCAUUCAUGUGAAUUCUAGUUGAAGCUAUUAUUUUCCAACCAGAUGUCCCUGCCUGCAGGAAUUGUGAAUUUGUUUUAACUUGUUGAACAGUAUUAAAAGCUGUUUUUCUUAGACUUUUCCUCUUGUUUUUCUUACCUGUCGGUAUUCACGAUAUUGAGAUGGGAAACAAAUAUGUGUUGGCAAACAGUCUCAAAUCCUGAUGUACUUAUAAAGCCAGGUUUCACACUUAUUCAACACUUCUUUUGAGGAGUCUGCCAAGGCUUAUCAUGUUUUCAUCGAGGUGGUGUUGCUACAAGAAGUGUUGAAAAGGAAUCUAAGAAUAAUAUUAUUGCGAAGUUGAACUCAGGGUAGAGCGGAAGCAGGAAGUCUGACUGUAGCUGCCAAAAAGGAGAAAGUUAGAGUUGUCUGCAGUUAAUUCACAUCAUGAGUCACUUUGCAGGGAAAUUACAGAAUCUACAGAGUGAGGCAAGCCUGGCAUGUAAUUCACUAAGAAAAAAUGCAGGGGAAAUGACAUAUUACUAAGUGUAAUGAUCGAGAAACUUUUGAACAGGUCAUCAAUUGUAUCACCAGAAUCAUGCCCUUCUCUGGUAUUGCAACAGUAUGUUUUAUGGAUACGACUAACUCACUUCUCCUCUUCUUACAGGGCUCAUAUUAACGACAUGGAGAACAUCCUUCCUUUCCUCUUCCUGGGUGCCAUCUACUCUUUGACCGGACCCUCGUUGGCUGUGGCACGUAUUCACUUUUUCGUCUUCUUCGCGGGCCGUGUCCUACACAGUAUUGCUUACUUGUUCGCCCUGCGAGCACCCACCCGCUCUCUGGCCUACACGGUUGCUCAGAUCCCCUGCAUCUCCAUGGCCCUGCAGAUCCUCACAUCAGUGGCAGCGUACGCUUAGAUUUUCAGAAAUGAGGGACUAAAUGAGAGGUGGUGUUCUGGCCUGAAGGAAGGAUUUGCGGCCUGUCAGAAAAGCAGGAGAGAGAAACCUGAGAGGCCUCUGAGGAGGGGGAGUAUAAAAGACAAGAAUGUCAGUGCAAUAAAAGGUGUAGUGUAACACCACAGCGGGGUUUUUGGAGGUUUUGACAGUAUUUUAUAGUUUAUUUGUAAAAGUAAGGUUGUCUUGAAAGUUAUUUAAAGUUGAUUGUGAAUUUAAACUACAAAUGAAGGUUGUUUUGCUUUUCAUUUCAACUAAGUUUUCUUAAAAUGGAAUAAAAAACCCACAAACAAAUGUUCAGUUUAAGUCUAUUGGGAAUAUUUUCCAGCACUAACUGUGUCCAUACCCAUCCCCCCUUUUUUGUGUUUGCACACAACACAGACCAUCAUUCACAAAUAGCUCUGUCUUUUUCCUUUGGGGUUAUUCCAUCUGUUGUGUUUGUGUGCUGUGUUCAAGCUAAGCACGAUGAAUGCUGGUAUGAUGACUGAAGGUUUGCUUUGAAAUUUAAUCCCACUUAGUGAAAUAAAACUUGAUACUUUGAAGUUAUUAUGUGGGGAACUUUGCCUUAACUCUGCAUUAGGUUUGGAAAUAAACCUUAGAAUCAACUGCAGAAGAAACUAAAAGUACAUGUGAAAAAGGUUUUUCUAACGUAAUUUUUAGAUGUUAUCUGUGAAAACAUUUCAAGACUGUUUUUGUAUUUUAUUGCUGUAACUAUUUAUUAUUCAACUUCAUGUGAACAGUGAUGUAAGAUGCGUUUUUGUAGACAAUAAAAAAAAAUUCAGACAUGCAAUUAAGAUUUUUUUGGUGACAUUUGCUCAUUUGGUUCAUUGUUUUCUAUUGGAGGGAUCAUUGUGUUGAUUUUGCACAGUCAUGCAUAAAUUGUCCCGUUUAAGGUAGCAAGACCCCACUUUAUGUGAAAAAUGUGCGUGAGUGUGUUAGUGUGAGUUGACCCAGAUACUUACACAAACAUUUGUGUGCAAAAUAAAAGUAUCACACAUACAAAAA